AUGGAAGACCUCAAAUCCUUGAGGAUGAAGAAACAAAUACUCCUCAUAGAGCUAUUAGCAAUCGAGCAAAAAAUCAACUUGUAUGAACAAGUAACAACGGUCACCGAUGUACCGAAAAGCGAAAGCUUAGAAACAAAGGCUAUUCCAGUGCAAACGACACCUGGUAAAGAAACAACAAAUCCGUUGAAAGCUGAUGCUUUGCUUAAAAGCAUAAUAAAGGAGACAACUACUCCUCUUCCACAUGGAAAAACUAGCUUGUUGGUUAAUUCCAACCCUUGUACUGAAGGAAUCAGUAAAAUGACAAUUUUGUCACCUACUAACAAAUCUGUGCAAGAUCUCAAACCAGAUUACAAAAAGGCUCUUAACAAAGAAGCUGAAAGAUUCUAUGUAAUCUACAAAGGGCCACACGCCGGAAUACAUACAGACUGGGGAAUUGCAGAGACCUUCUGCAAGCCGAAAGUCCAGAAGAUCAAAGAAGAACACAGAGACCAAAGAUUUGAUAUCCCAAAAGACGUCGAAUAUGAAGUCAACAAUCCUGCAAUCUCCUUUGAAGAUUUCAGAACAAUCUGGAGUAAAGCUAGAGCGGCAUGCCCAGAAGAUCUUAUCCAUGAAAGAUUUUUCACAACAGAUAAGAAAACCAAAAGCCUGUACAACUUCCUAGAAGGAGCAGAUCCAAGAUUAAUCCAACAAGCCUUUUCGGCAGGAUUAAUAGACAACAUCUAUCCAAGUUGCAAUUUGCAAGAACUAAAAUUCUUCCCAACCAGUAUGAUAGAAACCAUUAAGAAUUUCCGAAAGAAAGUUCUCAAAGCAAAAGAUGAUCCAAUAUACAUCAGAGUCAUAUCCUCUCUUCCAGAAUGGAUUCAAGAAGCAACACUUGCCCCUUAUCACUAUCUGGAAAUUGGCUUAGCAAAAGCUAAAAAAGACAUCGAACAAUCUCGACCCACGGAAGACAAAGAUCUCCCGUUCGAAGAAAUCCUUCAUCAAAAUCGUAUCAACGACCUUAAAAUAAUUUCUAAAAAGAUCAUUGAGAUAAUCUCAGGAUCAAAGAAAAAAGUUAAUUAUACAAAUUCACACUGUAUAAUCACCAGCUGGAGCUAUGGCAACACCAGUAACGAAGACCUUGAACGAGCAUCCAAAUUCGGAGAACAGUUCAUGAACAACAACUUUGAUGCAUCUACCACUACAAGACAAAUCUUCUGUAGGCAUGCGGAGUAG